GCUGCAAUUGGACGCCCAACGCCAUCGCCCACGAUGUCGAUGCUCGACGAGCCAAUACCUCAAGAUGAUCUCAUGCGGGACCGCACCCGCAUAUUUGAGGAGUUCCUCACCUUCGAGUCGCCAAUCUACAAUUAUCGCGAUGACAUUGGACGCAUGCUGCGCGCCGACCGGACCCGCCUGAUCGUCAAUAUCGAUGACCUUCGCGACUACAACCGUGAAUAUGCGGAUGGACUUCUCAAGCAACCCACCGACUUUCUUCCCGCAUUUGACGAUGCUCUUGUUAACAUUGUCACCCAAGUUCAUGAUACGGACAAGCACACGCUCGAGGGCAAGAGCUACCGCGUCGGAUUCAGUGGAUCAUUCGGAGAUCACCACGUCAGCCCGCGUACACUGCGCGCUGAACAUCUCGGAAAGAUGAUCUCCCUUGAGGGCAUCAUCACACGGUGUUCACUUGUGAGACCCAAAAUGCUCAAGUCGGUACAUUACUGUCCGGAGACCAAGCUUUUCCAUGCACGAGAGUACAGGGAUUCGACUACUUCGACAUCCAAUCUGCCUCCGACAUCGACGGUAACCCCGCAGCAAGACGAUGAUGGUCGUCCUUUGCAGAUGGAAUAUGGUCUUUGUGUAUUUAGGGACCAUCAGAGGAUCAGCAUUCAGGAAAUGCCAGAACGGGCCCCUCCUGGGCAGCUGCCACGGAGUACCGAUAUUAUUCUUGACGAUGACCUCGUGGACAAGUGUAAGCCUGGUGACCGUGUGCAGAUGGUUGGUCUGUAUCGCAGCGUCGGAGGUGGUUCAACUGGCGCAUUCAAGUCCCUCAUCCUUGCGAACAAUGUCAACUUACUAUCCUCCAAAAUAGGUGGCGGAGUCGCCCAGACUCCCCUCACGGAUACUGAUAUCCGUCAAAUUAACCAGCUUGCGAAGCGACGCGAUAUAUUUCGACUUUUAUCGCAGUCCCUUGCACCCUCGAUAUUUGGCCAUGAUAAAAUAAAGGAGGCAAUCCUUCUCUUACUAUUGGGUGGGGCAGAAAAGAACUUGCCCAACGGCACGCAUAUACGUGGAGACAUAAAUAUACUCAUGGUUGGCGACCCGUCCACAGCCAAAUCGCAACUCCUGCGGUUUGUCUUAAACACUGCCCCACUCGCAAUUGCAACCACAGGUCGAGGUAGCUCCGGCGUUGGUCUGACUGCUGCUGUCACUACCGACAGAGACACAGGCGAACGACGACUUGAGGCGGGGGCCAUGGUCCUCGCGGAUAGAGGUGUCGUCUGUAUUGACGAAUUCGAUAAGAUGUCGGACGUUGACCGCGUUGCCAUACAUGAAGUCAUGGAGCAACAAACUAUCACCAUUGCAAAGGCGGGUAUCCACACGAGCUUGAAUGCGCGGUGUAGCGUUAUCGCAGCCGCGAACCCCAUAUAUGGACAGUACGAUAUCCAUAAAGACCCACACAAAAAUAUUGCCCUCCCCGAUUCUCUUCUCUCCCGUUUCGACCUGCUCUUUGUCGUGACAGAUGAUGUCGAUGAAGAACGGGACCGCAGGAUCGCUGAUCAUGUUCUCCGGAUGCACAGGUAUCUCCCCCCUGGCCUCGAGGAGGGUACGCCCGUCCAUGAUAAUCUCUCGCAGCCGCUCGCGAUCGAGGGCCCCGGAGUCCCCCCUGCCGAUCCGGAUGUGGCUGCGUAUGGCAGUGGAGGAGCAGAGACGAGCCCGUUCGAGAAGUAUGACCCCCUCCUACACGCUGGAUUCACUGCUGCCAAGUCACGUACACGUCGGGGAAAACAGGUCAAGGUUGAAGUGCUGAGUGUAACAUUUAUCAAAAAGUACAUACAGUACGCCAAGAACCGGCCUGUCCCCGUUCUCACAAGUGGUGCUGCCAAUCACAUCGUGAACGUAUAUGCCAACCUGCGGAAUGAAGACGAGGGACAAACGAACAAGAAGAAGACGGCGCCACUGACGGCCCGUACACUCGAAACUCUCAUCCGCCUCUCGACUGCACACGCCAAAUCUCGGCUUUCUUUGAAAGUAGAAGAACAGGAUGCCAUAGUGGCAGAAGAAAUUAUGCGCUAUGCUCUGUAUAAAGAGGUCGCAAAGCGUCGUCGGCAGAAGCGCAAGAAGCGCAAGCUUCCAGGUGCAAAGCAUGGCGAGAAUGGUUCGCAAGACAGCUCAGAUGAGAACAGCAGCGAUGAAGAUGGUGAAGAGGACCCGACACCGCCGCAAACUAAGCGAAUGGAGAUGCCUGCACCACCCCCCCCGGCCCCGGCCCCUAAUCAGGCUCAAGCCAGUCAGGGAUCUUCUCUAUGGCAAGAUGACAGUCAAGACUUGCAGAUGCCAGACGUAACUCCCACAGUGCCUGAGACAAGCGCCUCUGGGUCUGUCCCAGUCAACGGUGUACAACCUGACAGAAUACAACUGUUCCGCUCAAAACUAGCCAAUAUCUUCGCUACACGCCUCCAAGACGAAGAACAAGUUUUCCUUCAUGAGCUUGUGGAGAUGAUUAACGACGGUUUGCCGACGGACGCCCUGUUCGGAACCCUUGAGGCAACAACGAUAUGCGAGAUCAUGAGCAAUUCCGACGAGCUUAUGCUAAGCGAAGGCAUUGUGUACAAAGUUUAGAUCUCAGUGUUUGUAUACACCCCUGGUUCGUCGUUGGGGUCGUUGGACCACGUGCAUCCUUUUGUAGGUUUAUUUAUCGUUGCCCACGCAUGUAUCUUUUUGUAGUUUUCAUAGUUUUAAUGUGCGCCUGUGAUGCAGGUAUUUGGCAACUACCUAAGC